CAAAAGCGCUCAGUCUCGUCUUCAACCUCAUCCUCGAAGCCUGUCUUAUUCAUCUAUCUCCUCACUUACGAGCUCUAGUCAUCAUGGCUACUAAGAUGAUCAUUCAGCAGCCUAAGCCACUAGUUUUGGCUCCUGGUUCCGACCAGUGGUCCACCAGCAUCUGUGAAUGCGACAACCUCCAUGAAUGUUGUUUUGCUGUCUGGUGUUCUCCGUGUUUCGCCUGCAUCACAGCCCGGGAUCAUGGAGAAUGUCUCUGUCUGCCUCUGUUGGACAGUUUUGGCCUCUGCCCACCAAUCACUAUGGCUAUGAGAGUGUCUGUCCGACGCACCUACGGGAUUGAGGACUCUAUCUGCAAUGACUGUGUGCUGUCCUUCUGCUGCGGGCCGUGUUCUUACUGUCAGAUUAGACGCGAACUAAAGUCUCGCAAUCACCCGGUCAGCCUCUUCUGCAACAAAGUCAAAUAAAGCACUUGACCAGCUUCAAUCAUCAUCAUCAUCAUCUUUAACCCUAACUAACGAAAUCAAAUAAACUUUGUAAGCAUAUUGGGAAAGUGUAAAACUUACUAUUUGGAAUUCAGUACUGACCCAAGAGUAGUGUGUGGACUUCAUCUGUCGUCUGAUAAGGAAUGAAGACUGAAAAUGCUUGGCUAAAUGAUGUAAUAUUUAUAGUAAUAAUAUUAUGAAUGUGUUAUUAGGCUUUGAGCACAAUGGCACUCUGUUUAUAUCAACUGUGAGAUAAUUACUUGUUUGUAAAGUCUUGUUCAUUGUUUCGAUGCUUUUCGUUUAGAAUGUUUUUUUAAAUAAUUUGUCAUUGCACAUGUGUUGAAAUAAAAAGAAUUGUGAUAAACUGUG